GAUGUUAAUCAGAUCGCACGAGGAACUCUUGAGUGUAGCCUGCUAAGAAAACAUUCCACGAGAGUGAUGUCUGGAAGGAGAGUGUUGGUUUUUUCUUCAGUGGCCGAGCUCGGGUCUAGUCUGGCCCAGCUGCUGUCCUCUCGGGCAGAAAAAGCUCUGAGCGCUGGUGGAAGCUGCUUUUCUCUGGGUCUUUCAGGAGGGAGUCUGGUUUCCAUACUGAGUAAAGAACUGCCUGCUUUACCAAACCUGGACUGCAGCAAGUGGCUUAUUGGCUUCUGUGAUGAGAGACUAGUGCCAUUCAGUGAUCCAGAGAGCACUUAUGGAUUAUACAAGAAUCAAUUAUUUGGGAAAAUCAACAUUCCAGACGAAAGGAUUUUAGCUAUAGAUCCUUCUUUACCUGUGCAAGAAUGUGCCGAGGAGUAUGCAAGCAAACUGAGCAAGGCUUUUAGCACAGAGCAGAUUCCAGUGUUUGAUGUUUUGUUGCUGGGAAUGGGACCAGAUGGACACACUUGCUCUCUCUUUCCAGAUCAUCCAUUAUUACAGGAGCGUCUGAAGACAGUGGCCCCCAUCUCUGAUUCCCCCAAACCGCCCCCUCAGCGAGUCACUAUGACAUUACCCAUGGUUAACGCUGCUAGAUGUGUGGUGUUUGUGUCAACUGGUGGUAGCAAAGCCCCUGUACUGAAGCAUGUGUUGGAGGGUGGUGAAGGGCCUGCUCUUCCAGCAGCUCUGGUUUCUCCUAACCAAGGAGAGCUCUUCUGGCUCCUGGAUGAACCGGCCGCUGCCUCACUCACGUCUCCAGUCGAGAGGCCUGGUCCUGGGGCUAAACUCUGAAUUCAGGACACUGAACUUGUAGAAACACAGGCUAGUAUUUACGCAUUUGGCGAAAAAUUGUUUGAGAAAUUGAUUCAGCAAUUUUCAAAAUGAUCCUGAGCUAUGUUUUUAACAGUAGAUGGCACUCUACGCUAGUUUUUAACAGCAGAUGGUGCUCUAGGCUUGUUUUUUAACUAAACCCUCAAAUGCAUGUGAAGCAUUGGUUUCAAACUGGAUUCCUGGAGGGCCGCAGCUCUGCAAAGUUUUGCUCCAACCCUAAUCAAACACAGCUGAUCCAUCUAAUCAAGAUGUUAAAGACUACUGUGGACAAUUAAGCAGAUGUGAGUUGGAGGUGGUUGGAGCUAAACUGUGCACAGCUGUGGCACUCCAGGAAUUGACUUUGAGACAAUUGAUGUAAACACAGCUCACUGUGAAAAUUCUUAUCAUUCGUUUAAAUCUUUCCAAACGUUAUUAAUGAUUAUUUUAGGUUGGACUGGUAUUUGUAAAGAAUUUGGACACAAGCAGAGUGUUGCUGUUUGUGAAAGUUACAGCGCCACCUGCUGAUAAAAACUAAGCCUAGAAUCCAUUCAAGAAUGAAAAGCUAUACGUUUUGAAAAUCAAUUUCUCAAAUGAUUGUUCAUCACAGCUCUACUGGUAUUCCCGUGGAGUCCUUACACGGCACUGUUUAAGAAGUUUUCUUGUUAGCACUUAUGAAAAUGAAUCAUCAUAAAAGUAAUUACGGCAGUUAUUGUUUCUACUUUAUAACUGUUAUAGGAUCUUUGAUUAUUUUUUUCUGUCAUUUGAUAAUAUUCUAUAAAAUCAAUUUAGUUCCAUUAUGGCAUCAAUAACCAUUCAUGGUUUUUGAAAAGCCCAUUGUAGCCAUUGCACAUUUUUGAUAUAGACGCAAUGUGUUAUUUAAAAAAAAACUGAUGAAAUUGUGAAUAGUUUUGAACAUUUUGUCAAAAGCAUUGUGUCCACUGUGGAGGAAAAAUAAAACAUUUUUGUGUUA